AUGCAUAAUGCCUAUGGACAUAUAGAAGCUGAUGACAUUCAAGAAUUGUUACAAACAAAAGCAUGGUGCCCAGGAAUGAAAGCUGAUGUUCAACAAUGGAUUAAAACAUAUGUCAAUUGUCAAAUUUCAACAUGUGGUAAAACCACAACUGAACCAUUACAUCCUUUAACUCCAGUGCCUCCAUUCCAUCGUUGGAGUUUUGAUUUUAUUGGCCAACUACCAGUAACAUCUAAUGGUAACCAGUGGAUAUUAAUUGCACUUGAUCAUACAACAAAAUGGUCGAUAGUUAGAGUGGUUCCAAAUGCUACACAUGAAGUUGUUGCUAAAUUUGUUUAUCAAGAAAUUGUUUUAAAUUUUGGUUGUCCAACAGAAAUAAUUACUGACCGAGGAAAUAAUUUCACAAUAGCGAUGUUAAAUUCCUAUUUUAAACUGAUUGGUAUUAAACAUAUAUUAACAUCUGCUUAUCAUCCAAGGUCUAAUGGUAUUAUUGAACGGUUUAAUCGUUUAUUUGGUAGUAUGCUCGCGAAAUACGUAGCUGAUAAUGCUAUCAAUCAAUGGGAUGAAUAUGUUGAUCGUGCAUUAUUUGCAUGUCGAACAAGACAACAUCAUGCCACAGGUAAAACACCCUUUUAUAUGGUGUAUGGUGUAGAAGCAAAAUUACCAGGUGAUGAAUUAAUUCCUAUCAUUAAUGAUGAUGAACAAAGUAAUGUUACUAAUCGUGUACAACAAAUUAAUCAACUACUACAACAACGUGAUACUGUACAUGAACGUUCAGAUUCAAAUGCUAAUAAAAUGAAACAGUAUUACAAUCUCCACUCAAAAAACCAAGCUGAUGAACUAUACGAGAAUGAUUGGGUAUUAAUACAUAAUGAAAACCGAAAGAAGUUUCAUUCUCAUUGGAUUAGACCGUACAAAAUUAGAAAAAUUUGUCCAUUAGGAACGUGUCAACUCGAAAAUGUUAAAGGACAAAUUAAAUUAGAUUUAGUACAUCGUGAUAUGUUAAAACGGGCAUAUGUUAAUCCAAGAACAAUGCAACAAUGGUACAAGCCGUCUCGUCGAAAUAAUAAACACCAUCUUAGUUAA